ACCAACACAUCAAAGUGUGUACUUUCUUUUUGUAGGUAACUACGUUAGUUACUUUUCUUCUCCAUCACCAUUCUUCGCGUGAUUUGUAAGCCACUCUGCAAUCACAAGGUUGGUUUUUCAAUGGAGAACAUUCUGGGUCUGAUCAAACUUCGUAUCAAAAGAGGCACUAAUCUCACAGCUCGCGAUUCUCGUACCAGUGACCCUUAUGUCUUUGUCACCAUGGGCGAACAGAAACUGAAAACUGGUGUUGUGAAAGAUAACUGUAAUCCUGAGUGGAAUGAAGAAUUGACACUUUAUGUUAGGGAUGUUAACAUUCCGGUACAUCUGGUGAUUUGUGACAAAGACACUUUCACUGUGGACGACCAAAUGGGAGAUGCAGAUAUAGAUAUAAAACCAUAUCUUCAGUGUGUGAAGAUGGGGUUGAACGAAGUCCCAGAUGGCCAUGUAAUCAAGAAGGUUCAACCAGACAGGACUAACUGCCUUGCUGAAGAGAGCAGCUGCAUAUGGAAAAAUGGAAAAAUCAUCCAAGAGAUGAAUUUAAGGUUGAGAAAUGUUAAGUCUGGCGAAGUAACUGUGGAAAUUGAGUGGAUUAAUGUUCCAGACUCCAAGGGCUUAUCAGAGGUUGAGUUUUAGGUGUAACUAGCUGCCCUUCUUAACUUCAUGCAGCACUACUUGUAUUAUAUUAUCAUAAGCAAAGGUUACUAUGUAUCUUCUCUUAUGGAGAGAAAACUAAAAGAAUGGAGACAAGAAUCCCUCCCUUAAUUUUAGCUCAUCAUCUUGAGAAUAUGACUACUAUAUGUUUAAAAAACUGCAUCAUUAUGUAUUUUCUAUUUUUUGUAUGGUUUGUCUUGAUUGAAAAAUAUAUUUUAAAUAUAUAUAUUAUGGAAUUAAAAUUUAUGUAUAAAAAUAAUAAAAUGAGUUUGUGUUUGUAUGGAUAGUUGAUUCUCUCAGUCUUUGCUCCAAAUCUUGUAAAGAGAAGACUUCA